AUGGAGCUGAGUCCUGUGCUAUCAAAGUUAUUCCCUCCACCUCCUGGCUCACAAACCCCACCUCAGAUCCCGCGAGCGCAGUAUGGCUAUCCGGUACCGCCUGCACUUCGACCUCAUGCUGGUCCACCUCCAGGGAUAGCGCUCCCGAAUGCGCUGUCGAUGCUUAUGUUACGUUCUAACCAUGCGUCACAUGUAAGCAGCAGUAUGCAAAAUCAGAACAAAACAACCAGCUUUGAAAUUCAUCCUUUGCACCCGGAGAUACGCCAUGUUGUACCUCCUGCGAAUCCCGUCAAGUCGCCUCCUGAUGAAAUGAGGAAAAAGAAGCGAAACACUCACAACAAGUCACGAGGCAUUCAACGCCAGGCGAAUACCAGCUCAACGACAGUGCCAUCCAGUGCACCACCACCACCACCUAGUCAAGUGGUUCGUUUACAGACUAAAGUACUUACCAAUCUAGUCCUUUUUACGCGUAAGUCCUUCUAUCCACUGCAACAUUUUCAUUACAUCCCUGAAGGCUCCCUGAGAUAG